AAGCUGCGCUGGCAUCCUGUCGUGAUGCCGCUGGGCCUGAAAUACGAGACGCUGUCCAGGAGUAGCCCUUGUAUUGUCGCAGCACACAAUCUGCGACAAUGGAGCCUGGAUCGCUAUCGCCUGGUGCCCGAGCGGAAAAGCAGCGAGCCGAACUUCGCCCACCUGGACCGCAUUGACCUCAUAGGAGGCAACGGAAGGUGGCGGCAGAAGCGGGCAGAGGAAGAAUUUGCCAGACGAGCGAUAGAGGAGGAAAAGAAACUGAGAGAGCUGCAGGAGGCGGAGGAGAAGAGGCGCCAGCGCAAGCUGGCCUUCCAGGCGCGUAGGCGCCGGCAGCAGGAGGAGGAGGAUCGCCGUCGCAAAGAGGAGCGAGAACGACAGCGCCAAGAGACGGUCCGCAUGGAGGAGUUGCGUCGCAUCGAGGAGCAGCGCGAUAGGGUGCGGCGGGAGCAGGAGGAGAAGGAGUGGCUCGCGCGGCAGCCGAAGCCCUGCGAGGUGUGCUCAGGCUCCGGGAAGUGCGUGGCGUGCCUGGGCGUGGGGACCAACCCGGCGCUCUUUCUGGCGUCGGAGUGUGGCUACAAGACCCCCAAGGACUACGGCCGACGACCACAAGGCUGCGACGGCUGCUACGGCUUCAAGCAGAACCUCCUGGCCGAGCUGAAAAAGGGCACCGGGCGGUGUCCGAACUGCGACGGCUGGGGCAAGAUCCGGCCGGAUAUCGACCUCACCUCGCCCAUGGGACGCACCAAGAGGAACAGCAUCGCCCAAGCUGCGACAGGUUUCUUCAACUCGUCCGUGUGAGGCAGUCUCAUUUCUCACCCGAGUGUCACUUCAGCAUGUUGAAUCCGUUUGGCG